CUACAAUUGUUUCCUCCCUACCUUUGUCCUCCACCUCAGGGUCAAAUCUUGUGAUCAAAUCCAUUUCCAAAUAUACCACCUUCGGCGAAGUGGCCAUCCUCCUUUGCCUAUCCUCUCGCUAGAUUCAGCAUUGUCCGAUCGUAUACUAUCAAGUCGCGUUCCUUUUGAUCUAGGACAAUUCACUUGCGCAAGGUGCGCUGUGGAAAGUGAUGGCUCCUUCACACAUUCCGACUUCCGACCCGCCGUCACAGGCAGAUACCCCAAUGACAGAUGCGACCGCAGAGCCCGUCACGUCUGUGCCGGUUGAUCGAGCAGACGCGCACAUGACGGAGACUCCGGACUAUACGGAUACCGAUACGAACCCUAAUACCACGGCGAGCAGUGUUGCCGGCGACGCACCGCCAUUGGAUGGGCGAAGACGACGAUCCGAAGCUUUCCACAUGAGGAAGAAUAUCCUGGGCAAAAAGCACGGUCGCUUGGACGAGUCAAUGGAGGAUGAUUCUAUCCGUCGCUUUCGCUACCUCCUCGGCCUGACCGAUCUGUUCCGUCACUUCAUUGAAACAAACCCAAACCCCCGGAUCAAGGAAAUUAUGACCGAAAUUGAUCGACAAAAUGAAGAAGAGGAAGCAAAAGCUAAGAAGAAGGGAUCGGCCCGCUCCGGUGGUGCAAGCGCCGACAGGCGUCGCAGAACAGAACAAGAGGAGGACGCUGAACUUCUCAAGGAUGAAAGGAGCGGCGGUGAAACGGGCACUGUAUUCCGAGAAUCUCCACCCUUCAUCAAGGGAGAAAUGCGCGACUACCAGAUCGCCGGUUUGAAUUGGCUGGUGUCCCUCCAUGAGAACGGUAUCUCUGGUAUCCUGGCAGAUGAGAUGGGUCUUGGUAAGACGUUGCAGACGAUCUCUUUUCUUGGCUACCUUCGACACGUUUGCGGAAUCACUGGACCACACCUCGUCGCCGUCCCGAAAUCAACACUUGACAACUGGAGGCGAGAGUUUGGAAAGUGGACUCCCGAGGUAAAUGUGUUGGUCUUGCAGGGUGACAAGGAGGAGCGACACCGUUUGAUCAACGAACGUCUCCUGGAUGAGAAGUUUGAUGUUUGUAUUACCAGUUAUGAGAUGGUGCUUCGGGAAAAGAGUCAUCUUAAGAAGUUCGCUUGGGAGUACAUCAUCAUUGACGAGGCUCAUCGUAUCAAAAACGAAGAGUCCUCGCUUGCACAAAUCAUACGUGUGUUCCACUCUAGGAAUCGAUUGUUGAUCACCGGUACUCCUCUCCAGAACAACUUGCACGAACUCUGGGCCCUCUUGAACUUUUUGCUACCGGACGUCUUCGGUGACUCGGAAGCCUUUGAUCAGUGGUUCUCUAGUCAAGAUGCUGAUCAGGACACCGUGGUUCAACAACUCCACCGCGUUCUCCGUCCUUUCCUCUUGCGCCGUGUCAAGAAUGAUGUGGAGAAGAGCCUUCUUCCUAAGAAAGAAAUUAACUUAUAUGUACCCAUGUCGGAGAUGCAAGUCAAGUGGUAUCAGAAGAUUCUCGAGAAGGACAUUGACGCGGUGAAUGGUGCUGCUGGCAAGCGCGAAUCGAAAACUCGUUUGUUGAACAUCGUCAUGCAACUUCGCAAGUGUUGCAAUCACCCAUACCUCUUUGAAGGCGCCGAGCCAGGUCCUCCAUACACCACCGACGAACAUCUUGUGGACAAUGCAGGAAAGAUGGUCAUCCUUGACAAGGUUCUGGCGCGCAUGAAGAAGCAGGGCAGCCGCGUGCUCAUUUUCUCUCAGAUGAGUCGUGUUCUUGACAUUCUGGAAGAUUACUGCGUGUUCAGAGAGUAUAAGUAUUGCCGUAUUGACGGUACAACCGCUCAUGAGGACCGAAUUGCUGCAAUUGAUGAGUACAACAAGCCUGACUCCGAUAAGUUCAUCUUCCUCCUCACGACGCGAGCUGGUGGACUGGGUAUCAACCUGACGACUGCCGAUAUCGUUGUUCUUUAUGAUAGUGACUGGAACCCUCAGGCGGAUCUGCAGGCUAUGGAUCGUGCUCAUCGGAUUGGCCAGACGAAGCAGGUUGUCGUAUUCAGAUUCAUAACAGAAAAUGCCAUCGAAGAAAAGGUCUUGGAACGUGCAGCGCAGAAACUACGAUUGGACCAGCUUGUUAUUCAACAAGGACGUGCCCAGCAGCAAACGAAGAACGCCGCAUCGAAGGAUGAGCUGCUUGGCAUGAUUCAGCACGGAGCUGUUAACGUUUUCAACCAGAAAGGCGCAGCAGGACCACUGUCUUCGGAGAACAAGCUGUCGGAAGAUGACAUUGAUGCUAUUUUGCGCAAGGGCGAGGAGAGAACCGCGGAACUGAACAAGAAGUACGAGAAGCUUGGAAUUGACGACCUUCAGAAAUUUAGCUCGGAGAGUGCAUACGAGUGGAAUGGUCAAGACUUCGCGGACCGGAAAAAAGACAUCGGCAUCAACUGGAUCAAUCCAGCCAAGCGAGAGCGAAAAGAGCAAUUUUACUCCAUCGACAAGUAUUAUCGCCAGGCUUUGGCCACGGGCGGUAGAACAGCUGAUCCUAAACCCAAGGUUCCAAGGGCACCAAAGCAGAUUGCUGUUCACGACUGGCAGUUCUUUCCACCCGGACUUCAGGAGCUUCAGGAGAAGGAAACGGCCUACUUCCACAAAGAGAUCGGUUACAAAGUCCCUCUAGCUGACGGUCCCGAUGAAGAGCUCAGUGAGCGUGAAGCCGAGCGUGACCUGGAGCAACAAGAGAUCGACAAUGCCGUGCCGUUGACCGAGGAGGAGCAGGCGGCUAAAGCAAAGAUGUCCGAAGAGGGCUUUUCUACCUGGAACCGCCGUGACUUCCAGCAAUUCGUGAAUGGCUCAGCGAAAUUCGGCCGUACUGACUACGUUGGCAUCGCUACCGAAGUGGACAGCAAAGAGCCGGAUGAGAUCGAGGAGUAUGCUGGAGUAUUCUGGAAACGUUACACUGAAAUUCAAGACUAUCCUAAAUAUCUCCGCGUCAUCGAACAGGGCGAGGAGAAGCUGCGCAAGAUGAACCAUCAGCGUAAGAUGCUGCGCAAGAAGAUGGAGAUGUACCGCGUGCCCCUUCAGCAGCUCAAGAUCAACUACACGGUGUCUACCACUAACAAAAAGAUAUACACGGAAGAGGAAGAUCGAUUCCUGCUGGUCAUGCUAGACAAGUAUGGAGUCGAUGGCGAAGGUCUUUACGAGAAAGUCCGCGACGAGAUUCGCGAGUCUCCUCUCUUCCGUUUUGACUGGUUCUUCCUUAGCAGGACCCCUGUCGAAAUCGGGCGUCGGUGCACCACACUCUUGAACACUGUUGCCAAGGAGUUCGAGACGGAAGACGGGAAGGUCAACGGGGAGGGCGGCAAAGGCCGUGGACGUGAUCGGGACGAAGAGGAUGUUGAGAAUGAAGAAGAAGCCCCUGCGAAGAAGAAGACCAAGGGCGGUGCAGUUAACAAGCAGGUCAAGGCUGUCAAAGGUGGGAGCAGAGCGAACUCAGCCUCCACAUCGCGAGCCGGCAGUGUUUCUUCCAACGCGGCCUCAAAAACAAAGAGUCGCAAGAAGUGAUAUUUCCUUACCAGAUGCGAUCUCAAUAUUGAAUGACUAAGAUUUUAUGACUUUUCAUAGACUGUUUGGGAAGUCUUGUCAGAGGAUGGGAUCUGUUGGGUCACUGUGUUUCACAUAUUCUGGG